GUGGCUCAGCUGACUCUCAUCACCCGACACCAGCUCCUCUCAAUCUACACACCGUUCAAUUUAUAUGGACCUGCUGAGGACGCGACGGAUCCGGCUGAUGUGUGUGUGACGCGGGCGCUGUCCGCGGUGCUGAAACAUGUUCAAGUCAUCUGACUGGAGGUACGACAGCUGUAAUGGCUCAUACAGAUGGUUGAGGGUUUGACUGACGCUCGGGUUCCUGCAGGAUGGGCAGUGUUGGCAGCGGGGUGGCCGGCGAGCAGGAGUUUGCCAUGAAGAGCGUGGGCACACGCACCACCCUCCCUCGUGGUCCGCCCCUCUCCCGUCGCAGGCCCGUCGACCGCAGCUCCAGCGCCGAGCGCCUCCACGCACCUCCGUCCACCUCGGAGGGCUCCAGUGAUGAGCGAGGGGGCAGCAGUAUCACCACGGAUCGAGUCCAGCUCAACAGCGCCUCCUCUCACCUGGAGCGGCUUCCCACCAAUGGCAACGGGCUGGAGGGUAACGGCGCGGGUCACAGGGAUGGACACAGGGCUGGAGGAGGGGUUUCUCUGGAUGCCUGCGGUAACGUCGUGGGUCACAGUGGGGAGAAGAAUCAUGACAGUGUGGCACCAGUGAAGGCCAGAGAUGGCAACAAUACCAAGAGAGACAGUCGCACACCACCCAAGAUUCUCACCGUCUCUGGGAAACUCGAGCAGAACACUUCUGCACUGGUUCGGCCCUCCGCUUUUAAACCUGUGGUGCCCAAGAGCUUUCACUCCAUGCAGAACCUGGUUGGUCAGUCCGGAGGUGGAGCUCGUUCCGCUGGGAGCGGAGGCGGCUCGGAUGCCCCACAGUCCCUCUGUGAGCAGGACAGUCCAGAUAGAGACCCGUCCGGUGGGACUGAUGAACAGGGCGGCAUGUCUGACUCGGGACGGAACUCUCUGACCAGUUUGCCCACCUAUGCAGGGCCGAGUUUGAGUUACGGUGCCCCGCAAGCUCUCGGCCCGCUCAGUGCCUCAACCAGCCACAUCAACAGACUGGGCACCACAGCAGCUGCGCUGGAUAAAGUGGAAAAACCGAAGUAUCAGAACGGCCUGAGUGUGUCAGACAGCAGCCAGUCCUCCUCUGGCAAGAGCUGCUUGUCCUAUCGGAGACUCUGUCAUCUGACUGACACCACUGGAACGGUCCAGCCCUCGCCAUCCACUGAUGACAUCAUCCAAGACCUGGCGGACAGACUCUGGGAGAAGGAGCAAGAGAUGUUGCACAUGCGUCGUAACCUGGACCAGAGUGAGGCGGCCAUCGUGCAGGUGUUUGAGGAGAAACAGAGCGUGUGGGAGCGUGAGAUGGAGGAGUUGAGGCAGAACUACGUCGGGCGUCUGCAGCAGGUGACCCGUCGGGCUCAGCGCACACAGCAUGCUCUGCAGGCACACAUCGCCCGUCUGCAGCAGGAUAAAGGGCGACUGCAGGUGGAGAUCAGCACUCUGCUCGCCCAGAGAGAAGAGCUGGAGAGAAAGUGUCUGGAUUACAGAAAGGAGCAGGCCGAUAUUCUGCCCCGUCUGGAGGAGACCAAGUGGGAGUUGUGUCAGAAAGCAGGUGAGAUUUCUCUGCUCAAGCAGCAGUUGAGAGAGAGUCAGAACGAGGUGACCCAGCGGGUGGGUGAGAUGGUGGCCCUCAGGGGUCAGCUGAAGGAGCUGAACGCCCAGCUGAAGGAGAGAGAGGAGACCAUGAUCAGCCUGAAGGACUCGUACACCAACAAGAACCGAGAGCUGGAGAGAUGUGAGGGAGAACUCAAGAGAACGCUGACAGAGGUGUCCAUGUUGCGUGACAAGCUGGUUGUGUUUGAAGCUGAGGUUCUGGGUCUCAAACGCGCUCUGGGCGAGCUGAGCUGCAGAAACGAUCGUGUCGUCGGUCUGAGCGGGAUCAGUGGCAACAGUAGUUUACCGUGGGCCGGCCUCCAUUCGCCCCGCACUGCUGACACCCUGACCGCGCUCACGCCGCUCAGCGCCACCGUCGACACUUUCUUGAGCCUGCAGAGCGACGAGGCUAAAGCACAGCGGCAGGAGGCGGGGGAACUGCGGCGUCAGCUGGAGCGCCUGCAGGGGGAGCUGCACCUCGAGCGGCAGCAGCGGGAACGACAAGCGCUCACUUUCACUCAAGAGCGCCACACCUGGCAGGACGAGAAAGAGCGCGUGCUAAAGUACCAGGCGCAGCUGCAGCUCAGUUACGUGGAAACGCUGCAGAGGAACCAGGCGCUGGAGGAACGCGUCGGGCAGCUCGGAGCUACACUCGCCACAACUCCCAGCUCGCCGCCGCCCAUCAGUCUCUCCAUUCCCGUACCCGUAAAUGUCACUCUGUCCCCGACCGUAGAUGAUGCCAAACCUCCAGCCAUGCACCAGCUCGCUCCAUCAUGGCCGGGACCUUCUCGCUUGGAGCGGAUUGAGUCCACGGAGAUUUAGAGUUGAGACAAUCUGCGUCUGUUCAACAGAGACAAAUGAAAUGAAGUUCAUGAGUUCUGUUUGAUGACCCAAACAGGCACUAAAGACUGCAGAGCUAGAAGCCGAACAAAGAUAAUACAGUUACUGUGCUGGCGAAAUAGACAUGACCCUGUCAGACACAUACGCACACAUUCUGCACUCCAGCAUUUAAAGAGCUGAGCUUUAGGCGACGGUGAUAUUGAAAGAAUAGUUCAACCAAAAAUUAAAAUUCUUUCAUAAUUUACCUCGAAUCUGUAUGCCGUUAUUUUAUUCUGUGGAACAUAAAUGGAAGAUUUUUGGAGAAUCUUCACACAGCUCAUUUUCAUACAAAACCAGCAGUGUUGGGCGUAAUCUGAUUACAAAUUCUAAUCUAUUUAGUUUUAGUCCAAAGUAAUGUAACACAUUUACAUUUAAAUUAUUGUAAUCAGAUUACGGUUACUGAAUUAUGAUUACGCUGUCAGUGCAUUGCGUAAAUUGCACAGUUCUGAAAUUAAUGUUCUUUAUGUAGAAUAUAUUUAAAACACAAAUUUUGUGCAUCUGUGUGUCUGUGAAGGCUAAAGGAAAAUGAACAAGGCGGAGAUAUAGACCAUUUCAAGGACUGUUUGUUCGUGACGUCACUGUUCCGUGAACAUUUCCUGCUUGUCAAAACAAAGACAACUAAGCAGAGACGGGUCACGUUUAUUAAAAUGAAUGGAAGACAUUGGAAUGCCCAACGGCAGCCUACAGUCAACGACAAAAAUACAGCCUCAUCACCGCGGCCUUUAAACACAGAGCGCGGCUCUCCUCGGGAGACCGGUGUCUACCUGCUGGCGGAUCCAGGAAAGGAGCGUUGAGGGUCCGGUGCGUGUUAAAUGCGACGCCGGGGAUUGGAGCACGAGUCGCGGCAGGGCCGCUUGAGUGAAUCCGGCGCCACACGCACCUCGGACCAACACAAUUUAAUGCUUAUUUGAAAUAUGUUAUUUUAUCGUAAUCUUGACCAACCGU